CUGUUUCCAGCUUGCGUGACGUAACGACAAAAAAAGCAAACCCGGAAAACGUUGCAUCACACGUUGAUCAACCGGCGCGCUUUUACUCACCGGUCGGUGUGUUUUCGCGAUAAUUCCUGUGGAAUUCGCUGUCAGUGACAUCAUGGCUGCAGAUGACAUAGCCCAGCUGGUUAAUGAUCUUUCCAAGACCCAUUUAGGAGAUGGAGAGCUAAGCUAUAAAGGCCUGGGGCUUAAAAUGGACGAUGCAGAAUCAGUGGAGGAGCUUGUCCAGGAGAUCGAACAGCACCAGGAUUUGAAAGUCUUGCGCUUGGAGGGAAACACGUUGGGUGUGGAUGCAGCCAGAGCCAUUGCCAAAGCUCUGGAAAGUAAAGAUCAGCUUCAGAGAUGUUACUGGAGUGACCUUUUCACUGGAAGACUACGCUCCGAAAUCCCAGUGGCCCUGAGAUCUCUGAGCAGUGGAUUAAUGAUUGCCGGGGCCCGUCUGACGGCGCUGGACUUGAGUGACAAUGCUUUUGGACCGGAUGGCGUCAAGGGGAUCGAUCAGCUACUCAGAAGCGCCGCGUGCCACACCUUGAGGGAGCUAAAACUCAACAAUUGCGGGAUGGGAAUCGGAGGAGGAAAGAUUCUUGCUGAAGCACUGAUGGAGUGCCACAGACAGUCGUUGGUCGUGGGUACUCCACUCAGACUCAGAAUAUUUGUUGCUGGGAGGAACCGCUUGGAAAAUGAAGGAGCCAGUGCCUUGGCCAGGGCCUUUCAGCUGAUGGGGAGCCUGGAGGAAGUCCACAUGCCGCAGAACGGCAUCAACCACGCGGGCGUGACUGCUUUGGCCGCGGCCAUGCGACACAACGCGGAUCUGCGCGUACUCAAUUUCAACGACAACACCUUCACAAAGAGGGGAAUGCUGGCCAUGGCUCAGGCUUUGGAGCACCUGAGGAACAUCCAAGUCAUCAACUUUGGUGACUGCUUGGUCCGUUGCGAAGGCGCCAUCGCCCUGGCGGCAGUCCUCAGAGAAGGAUUGCCAGUCCUCAAGGAGCUGAAUCUGUCCUUUGGCGAAAUCACAGAGGCGGCGGCCCUCGUGGUGGCUCAGGCGCUCUUGGACAAGCCUCACAUGGAGAAAGUGGAUCUGAACGGCAACUGCCUCGGGGAGGAGGGCUGUGAGGCUCUAAGGGAAGCGAUGGAGGGCCAGGACAAAGGAGACAUGCUGGCCUCACUCAGUGAUGAUGAGGGAGAAGCUGGUGAAGAGGAUGAAGAAGAUGAUGAUGAAGGACAGGUUGAUGAUGAUGCUGAUGCAAGUAAUGGAUACCAUGGUUGGAACGAAGAAGACUUUGUUAAAGAAAAUGGAACCACAGCAAAUGAAGAGAGUCCCUAUGAAUCACCGUGUCCUGAAGAGGUCGUCUCUUUUCUCUAUUGUCCGUCUGCCGUGAAGCUUCUUGAGCUGGGAGAGAUGAGGAGACAUCUGCUACCGGAGGUGCACAUUUUGAAUCCGCACAAAGCCGUCGAGGUCCUUCUCAAAGUGGGUUCUUUGUACAGCGAGGAAGCAGUGGCGAAGACGACAGUGCUGGAAACCUUUGACAUGCUGUUGAGGAAGCUUCUCUCCGGCUCAGCUCUCCAGGCGUACACCAGCCUCUCCACACUGCUGGUCCUCAUAGGAGUCCUCAAGGGGGAAGGGAAGAGGAAAAAAGUGCCACUUGCAUCAGGUCUGUUGUUGUGCUUGGAGCACGCGGUCCAGCAGGACUACUUGGCCCAGCACCACGCCUCACUGCUUCACACCAUCCUUUCUAAGAAUUGCGAGGCUCUCAAGUCAUGCAGCGGGGACAGGUUAAGGUCCGCGCUUGAGAAGAGGUGCCUUGAAUAAACCCGGUUAACCACCAACAGGUUACACACGGACACACUGGGAUGUACUGGGAUAGAUUUUCUCUAAAAUAGAGGCUUCCUCCACCACUUGAUUUCCAUCCGUUUGUAUAUUUUUUUUAAAGGCGUCUCCUCAUUUUUUAAAAAUUCAGUCGAGGGAUUUAUAUAUUUUUAUAGAAAAUACAUAGAAGGGAGAACAAAAUGGAGGGUUAGUUGUUGAGGUGGGUGAACGUUUACAGUAAACUGGCAGCUUUUUGUUCUGUUUUGAAAGUAUGCACUUUUACACUGCUUCAAAAGGGAUUAAUUCAUAUAGCCACUCCCUACUCUUACGACAGCCAUAUCGGUUCAUUAUUUGACAGCUCUCUUUGACCCUGGAAAUAUACAAUCAAAACAAAUGUUCCUCACUCUUGCUAGUGUGUACCAUCUUUUUUAAAACGCUAAGAACAGUUUGACACCAAAAGUCCAAACUGCCCAAUUCCAAUUGAAUGUGAUGUCAAUUUCAACACCGCCUAUCCUGUGCAGGGUCGCCCUCCCUUAUUCUCUAUGAAGUUGUUUUAUGGAAAAGUGAAAACCAAUGAAAACAUUAUCCCUUUUUUUGUGUCAUUCAGCACUCUUAAAAAAAUCAUGUUUCUCUUUUGAGAUCACAUGUAGAAUUUCACAAUUACCUCAUGUGCUUAAAAAAUCUGACGUAACUGCACAUUUAAUGCACAAGGAAAUAUCCUGUAAUUGCGUUUUAAACAUGUUGACUUGUACUGAAUCCUCACAAAUAGAGCUAAUCCAACAAGCCUGA